AUGGACGCAUAUUCUGGAUGCAGCAGCACUAAAUAGUAAUACAAGAAUAUUCGCAUGGAGGAUAUCUAAGCUAUGAUGAAUAAGGGGUACUCUUCAACUAAGAAUAAUAAUUCAUCAGCGUCUUUGGCAGAAAGAAUACGCAAAAUGUAUAGAAACUAAGUUGGAAAUACACCCUCAAGCAGUUAGGGAAAUGGAAAUGGUUUAAAUUAAGGGAUAUAAAUAGGAGGGAAUGUCUAAUUAUAGUAAAAUGCAAAUAAUCUAAGCAGCAAUAACAUGAAUAAUGCAGGUUCUAAGGGCAACUUGAAGGACUUGCUUGAUAAUUUUUACAAAAGAAAUUCAAAAUCUCCUUAAUAAAGCAAUAGCAAUACAGCUACAAACACAAGCAUUUUAUCAUAAAAUACUAACAUAGCUAAUGGAUCUAUGGGUAUAAUUAACCAAUAAUACUCUAACUAAAAUAAUGUAAACAAAAUGAUUGAAAGAACUGGAGCUAAGGCUUCCGAAGGACUGAAAAAUUAUGUCACAAAUAUUAUUAUGAAGAAGAUGAGUAAAGAGGAUUUAAAAAACAAUUAAGAAAAUAUACAGUCUUACGCCUAAGCUUCUACAAACAACAGCACUUCUUAAAACUCUUUUUACAAGAAAAAGAGUCACUCAAUAAGCAACAAAUACUAAACUGGUUAGAUUAUUAAUUCUUCCAUAUCAAAUUAACCUACAGGUCUUUCAACUCAGCCAUCAGCACAGAGGUACGCCUAUUCAAAUUAAAGACCUUCUCAAAAAUUGAAUGAAACUGACUUAAAUCUUCUAAAUAAAACUAUUGGAAAUAAUAAUUUGAAUAACAUAAGCGGACAGUAAUCUUACUCUCCUUGCACAAAAGCUGCAUUGUAAUAUCAUUAGUAAUAAAUGCAAUAUGCUAAAGAACCAUUAUAGCCUCACUAUGCUCCUCAUUCAAACUAACAGCAAUAACUACUACUUCAAUCAUAGGCUAAAUCUAAUUAAAUUAAAGACGUUAGAGGAAUUGAUAUUUUAAAAAGCCCAACAAAUUAGUAAUAAUCAGUUUAAAAGAAGAGACCAAAAACUAUAGCUAAUAAGGAAAAUGCUUAUGGAAAUAAUGAAAAUGUAAAUUACACCUAAUUAAAUAACUCGUCAAAUGUGUUUACUUCUUCUACUUAACAAUAAUUUAACAUGUUAAAUUCCUCAUCAAAUUAAGUAAAUACUCCAACGAAUAACAAUAUCAAUUUAAACAGCUACAACAAUAACGGUUAAAGCAAUAACAAAUAUAGAGAAAUAAGUAUAAGACUUAAUAAUUCAAGUGAGUUUUUGAAAAACUAUUAAAAGAUUACAAGGGAAAAAAGCUCAGAAACCUGCACCAAUUAAUCUAAAGAGAUUAUUUCUUUCAAUCAAUAGUAAAUUUAACCUUAGAAUUCUAAACGUGCUCUCUCAACAGGAUUAAAACCAAAUACUAUCAUUCUAAAUUAAAAUUGUAUUUAAACUAGUUAGAAUUAUAAUCCAAAUGGUGUAAUGCUAAAUAAUUAAGGGAAUAGCAAUAUCAGUCAUUCUUACUUAAACACAACCCAUUUAAAUAAUAACAACAGCGGAAGUGGAAGUAACUUGCUACUUAACAACAUAAAUACAAACAGCAAUAACAAUAUCAUAAAUUAAAAUACAUAGGCUUCUCCCUUGAACAGUAGUCAUCAUAAAAAUAAUAGCUCGUUAAAUUAUUACAAGCAACAAAUUUAGUAAACUAGCAAACCUAUGCUGGUUUAACAAUAAUAAUAGGUUGUUUAAUAACAAUAAUAAUAAUAGUAAUAAUAGCAAUUACAAAUUCAGUAACAAUAACAGCUUUAAUAACAAUUUUAAACUAACUCAUCAAAUAACUAGCAGUUGUAACAAAUAAAAAUACAAUCAACCAAAGAAAAUAAAAAAAUUGAAUUUCCAUCAUAUUUGGGAUAGUAAAUUUUGACUUGUGAUAAUAAGAGAAAGUAAAAUGAACAUUUUUAGUUUGACUUCCCAAGCACAACAACAAAUGCUACAGCAGUAAAAUUGAAUUAAAAUACUUAAUCUUCAUUACAGUCAAAUACAAUUUAAAAUGCUACUAUUUUGCAAACAUAGCAAAAUAACUAAAGUAAUUCUGGAGUUAAAAAUUAUGAUGCUUAAUAGAUUACGACAACUGUUACAAAUACUUAAGUUUAUGAUUGUGAAGAAAAUACCACUACUGCUAAAAAAUAAAAACCUACUAGCACUGAGCCAAAUGGAGUUUCUGCAGCAGCUUAAUACCCUUUGUCAGGAAUAUAACAAGUAAAUUAAAACAUCGCUGCACCUUAAAAUGCUCCUUACAAUCCAUUCUCUAGCAACGGUACUCCAAAAGAUCACGCUGACAAUAUUAGAUUCUUAAAUGAUGAUUCUAAGUGCUACGAGCCCGAUAAGUUCUUAUCUGCUCUUCCUGAAGAGAAGGAACGAAAAAUUAUUCAAUUUUAAGAUGAUAACAUAGACAAGACACAAAAAUUCAAGGAAGAAUAUCUUGUUGGUAAACAAGUAGGGCAAGGCGCUUAUGCCACUGUAAGAGUUGCCUUAAAUAAAAUAUUCAACAAAAAAGUAGCUAUAAAGAUUUAUGAAAAGCAAAGAAUAAAAGAACCCCAAAGAAAGAAAUCAGUUAGAAGAGAAAUAAAACUUUUACAAAUGCUAAACCAUUAGAACGUUAUCAAAGUUUACGACACAAUAGAAACUAAUAACCAUGUAAAUAUCAUUAUGGAAUAUAUUCCUGGUACUUCUCUCCAUGGAUACUUAAAGGCUUAGCCCAAUAGAAGACUCACUGAAAAUGAUGCCAAAAGGAUAUUUAAACAACUUGUUUCGUCUAUUGAGUAUAUUCACUCAAAAUAAAUUUGCCACAGAGAUAUCAAAUUAGAAAAUAUUCUCCUUGAUGAAAAUAAUAAUCCUAAAUUAAUUGACUUUGGAUUUUCUACUUGCAUCCCAAAUGAUUAAAAAUAUAAAAUGUUUUGUGGUACCCCUUCAUAUAUGGCACCUGAAAUUGUUAAUAAAAGAGAAUAUACUGGUCCACCUGCUGAUAUUUGGGCUCUUGGUGUCCUUCUAUAUGCAUUACUAUGUGGCACAUUCCCUUUUAAAGGAUAAACCGAUAAGGAACUCUAUAAGAAAAUAACCAAAGGUGAUUUCCUUUCUCCUGAUUUCCUUUCAAAGGAAGCUAGAGAUUUUAUCAAAUGGGUAUUAAAUACAGAUUGUGACUUAAGACCAACUGCAACAGAAGUUUUAAGUCAUCCUUGGUUGGGAGGAAAGAAGAAUACCUUUAUGUAAAAUUAAAAUCCUUCUUCUCAUUAGCAAUCUUCUAUUUCUUCAAAUCCUCAAUCAUCAUAAAACUAGUAAAUAUCUAUAAGCGGAAAUCAGCAAUCAAAUAACUUUGAUAAUAAUCUCUAAUAAUUACAAUAGUAAUAAUAAUAAUAAUAACAAUAGUAAUAGUAAAUUUAACAACAGCAAUAGCAACUGGUGUUAAAUGGUGGUAAUUGCAAUUCUAACACGAAUUCAAGCAGUACUAUCUUAGUAAAUAACUAUCUAUAAUUAAAUAGUCCUUUCAAUUCUAAUCUGAAACAAUUCAAAUUCAAUAACCCUCAAAAGACACCUUCUUCAGCAUCAGGAAUACAUAUGCAACUUGGUAAUCUUGGCAACAUCAGCACCCCAAGUAACAUGGGACAACAAAUUAAUUUUACAAAUAAUUAAGAAAAUAACUUCCCUCAAAAAUCUAAUGAAAAAGACAAAUUUAUGUCUCCAAAUAAUUUAUUUUAUUACCCUAAUAAGCCUAAUGCUACAAAUGUAAUGACUCCUUCUUAGCAAAAUAAUAACAAUAUUAAUAAUAAUACUAAUUAGAAUAAUAGCAAUUACUUUAUUAAUAAUAAAAAUAUAGUAAUUUAGUUAAAUAAUAAUGAUGGAAACAGUCCAACAUCUAAGCCCCCUCUUCCUUUAACAACUAAGAGUUCUUCGUGCAAUUAUUAAAAUUAUUUUAUUAGCAACAACAAUCCUUCUAGUAAUAAUAUUAAUAAUAAUAAUAAUAAUGGAAACAAUACAUUCUCUGAUAGUCCUAUGAACUAUAAUUCAACCUAUCACAACUUAUAGAAAAGACACGAAAAGCGCAUGGAACUAUUUAGAAAUUCUUAGGAUUAUGUUUAAUAGCCUAAUUCAGGAGACUGCACUUAUAUUUCUGAUAAAAAUAAUUAAUCAAGUAAUAACAUGAACAUUAAUCCUUAUAAUCAUCCUGUACACCACCUUAAUACCUAAGGAAGUAGUAACAACAUAAACACAACUGGAAAUGGCCAUAGUACAUAAAACUUUGCCUUACAUCAUCUGAAUGAUGAUGAGCCUAUCAAUAGCAUUGAUUCAGAUGUCUUAAAAAGCAUUGUUUAUAUGGGAUAUACUAAUGAUGAAGAAACACUAGUUAAUGGUAUAAGAGAUCCUAAGAAUCCACUUUUUAAUCUCUAUAAGAAGAUUUAUAAUAAGAAAGUUCAUUAAAAUAAGACUAUUUAUCCCAGCCAUAUGCCAGGAACAUCAUUUAUAAGCUCUUUAGGGUCUGUAAAGUCUCCUCAAUCUUCUUCUGUUAACAACAAUGUAUCUUGCAACAGAGGCGGAUAUAAGAAGGUUAUAAAUUUUGGUAAUAGUUACAAUCAAGAGCAAAAUACUUUCAAUUAAAGUUUUAAUAACAACGUUAACCCUCUUUCUACUAAAAAUAUAAUGGGAGGUAUCAUUCCUAGCUCAACAACAAACAGCAAUAACAAUAAUACUAACAUUCUUAAUAGUGGCUCAUUUUUAAAUACAACAUCUAAUAAUAUUUUAAACAAUACAACAAUUAAUAAAUUUUAUGAGCAAGAAGUAGUUAUUGGAUAAAAUAUUUAAUAAUAAUAACAAUAAUAACAAUUCUAUUGA